GACUUUAUGAUACAUAUGCUAAUACUGUACAUAUCAUUAUUAUAUACAUUAUUAAUCUAUAUAUGGGUUGUGCACACACCACUUAAAUUAAUUCAGUACUGUACAUUUACUUGUUUUUAUCAUCAAUUUAAUUUUAUAAUUUUGAUUUUCUUGCAACAGUUAUCAAUCUUGGAGUAUCGCAAGAGGAAAAGCGUGAGCAGUGAAAAUGAGAGUAGAGUGUUGUUGAGUGGACCAUCAGAUUCAUCGCCUCCCCCUUCAUCGCUCUUGUGUUCCACAGUAUUGUCUGCUUCUUGUGCAGACACUUGUGUCUCCUCCAACCUUUCCUCUGCUUCUAACACAUCCACACCAGAACCUUCCCUCUCUCCCACGUAUUUGUCUCCUCCACAAAAGACGGAUCGAAGUGAAGCUUCGGAAUCUUCUCCAGAUCUUGUUCUUUCUCCUGUUCGACCACUUUUACUUGCACCGCUGUCUAUUAUCCUUGAUGGCAAGUCUACCAAAGAUGAAGUUAAAAGAGAUGUGGAGAGUAAGUGUAGCAGUGAAGGAGGUAGCAUGAGUGAGAGCAACACAUACAGCAUGAAGGGCAGUAGUAGUAAUGGUAGCAGCAGUAGCACUAUAACCACUAUUGCUGUUGCCCUCAAUGUCUUCACUACAACUACCAGCACAGGUGUCACCAUUGCUGCUGCAACCACUACACCUACACCAUUCACCACUAUCACUGCUGGUAAUGUUGCCUCUCAGGAUGUCAAGUGGAAUGCAGCACCUACUCUUCUAGAGCGCCAGAGAGAAAAUUUAACGGCCAGAUUACGGCGUGAAUUUGGGCUGUGUAUAUCUGACGACGACGAAGACAAAUCAGGGUUGCGGCUGGGGUGUGCAGGUAUGAUAGGACGUCCGUCACCUCCCCUGCUUCCCUCUCCCGCCCCUUUGGUAUCUUCCUUCUCCUCCCCCUUGUCUCCGCGCAUCCGUAAACCUUCAGGGCUUCAGGCUGGGCCAGAUGGAGAGGAUCGUGAUAGAGGUCACCGUCGUCACAAGGACAAAAACUUGCCACCACCUCCGCCGCCACCAACAGCACCUCCAAAAAACUCUAUUUUCCAAGGACGAGAAGUGACAGUUCAGAAAGUAGUGUGUUGUUCUAAACCUGGACCAACACAAUCAGUUUGUAAUGCAUCACAAAACAUGAAUUCUUGUAACUCCAGUAAUAUUAACACCGGACUACAUAAUAUGCCUACAAGCAAUUCACAACGAUUAGUAUCACUACCAUUACACCAAGGGUCUUGUGGAACUAGUAUGACUGUGCCUGGACCAUACCAUGGGCCUGCACCAUCAGCUAUACCUCUAAUGACAUCUGGUGCAUCUUUAUCUCAAAAUGGUCCAGCCUCACAAAUUUCCCAAGGCAUACUACCAACAGCAGCCAUCACUUCAACUCCUGUUCCAGUUCCAUUAACUUCAAUAAUUCCUCCUCCUACAGUACCUAUGGCAUGUCCUGUUAAACCCCCCAAAGGAGCAUCUAUUCCCAAAGGUAUGCAGUCAAAACUGUCUCCCAUUCCUAGCGUACAGACUUUGGGAGGUACGUCGACUUCUGCUCAUCACUCUUCUUCAGUACAGCUUGGACCUCAUAUUUCAUCAUCACUUGCAUCUCAACAAAAUUCUGCAUAUCCUUCACGAGCAUACUCUAGGGGAGGGUAUAGUGCUCCAGCUGCAGGAAUGAUACCUCCAGCUAUUUCACUGUAUUCCUCUAGUCGUGUGGCUCCACCUCAACCUCACAACAUGAAUGUUAACCCUCAAGGUCCAGGUCCUGUAGGACAUCCACCUAAUAUUAGACCACAGGGACCACCAGCUCAAGGCCUACCAAGGCUGGUGCCACCUAGCUUAGGUUUUAAUGGUGGGAAUUACUCUGGACAUGAUUGUUCUGCCCCGGGAUCCAGAGGGUCGUGAUGGCAGGCAUGUUACCCUUCUGGCUCCCAACCUGCUUGUAGCAGGAGGGUCUUACUUUUAUCCUGACAUGUAUAAUAUCUUCAAUCCUAUUAUAAUAGGCCCUGCUAUCUGUGUAGAAAUUCUUCUCGAGUCCUUGUGCAGAUUAAAUAUUUGUUGGUUGGGCCAAAUUGAGUGUUCUGUCAUUUGCAUAAUACUUUACUGGGCAGUUUUACUAUUACUGCUGCACUCCUGCAACAUGUCACAAAGCAUUCCUGGUGUGGCCUGACCACAGCUAAGUCUGUAAAUUGUUGGAAAGCUUUAUAUGUCUUAGAAUAUUUUAUUGCAUACUAUCCAAUACCCUUCAUUCCUUAAUUUUCGAUAUGUAUGUAUAUAUGUAUAUA